UAAUCCCUCAAUGCAUAAUUUCACUAUAAAAUGAAGUGAACAUGUUCAACUUUAACCAAUCCGAGUUUCAUAUAACAGAACUCUUUUUAAAGAAGAAACACAAUCCACAAUACAUAAUCGCAGGGAGAAGGGGGGAAAAAACAAGAACGACAUGCCUGGGCAAGAUGAAGAAGAACGGAAAAAGAAAAUAAAAGAAAUUUUAAAGAGUGGACUGGACGACCUGGUUAACGUGAAUUCACUGUUGAGCAUAGCGGUAUUCGUAGGACUAACGUACGCGACGCCAGGCCAACGCAGCCUGGAGAACCGACCAGAGUGCGACGCCGAGCUCCUCCAGGCCAAGAUCCUCGUGGUACUAGAAGUCGUAGCGUUCAGUUUCUUCCUCUUCUCAAGCCUCGUUGCAAAGUCAUUGAAAGUUAAUUUCCAAAUUUACGACGAUGGACACUUUGAGAUCUAUAAACCAGGAAUAGGACGUCUGACGCGGUGGAAAUGGUUGUUCCUCAGCUUGUCGGUGUUGGCGUCGUUCUUGGGUUGUUUUUUCUUAAUGCUUUCAAUGUUUUAUCUGAUUCAGGUAAGGUUGGGAAGGCUGUCUUGCAAGAGCCCAUACACACAAGGAGCAACUCUAUUGAUGACUACUAUUGUUUGUGUUGGUAUGCUCAUCUAUCUACCUCUAGUCGUCGCUGCUCUACUAAAGACUUUGAAUUUGAAAUUUACUACUACUACACCACCUUCAGGAGAAGGACAACAACAAAGCUAGGCUGGCUGGGUGGGCUACUAGUAGUACCCAAAUUGUUUGUUAGGCCUUGUUGUCUAUGUUGAUGGAAAGAGUACUGUACUGUUUGUGUCUGCAUUUUGUUUGUGUAUAAAAAUAUGAAAGUGUAUGGUAUGCAUUUUAAUUUGGUGUAAUAUGGAGGAGCACUAGUAUGUACUCAAAAUAAAUCUAACUAAUGUAUUUUAAUUUUCGAAA